AGUAGUGGAACAGCAAUACUAAGGUAAUGGGACCUCUGCCUGAUCCAGAGGAUAUCACCAUUUUACCUUCACACAGACAUCGAACGUUGUAAGAAGAUGACGAUCAGACCUCAUUAUAGUUAACACUUCUACACUGAGUUUAAUUUCAGUUCUGUUCACUGAACUGUUUCUAACUCGAUAAGGAUGUGGUUUAAUUUAUUAAGCCUAAGGAGGGUUGUAAUCUCUGUUUAACGAUGGGAUAAGUACAUCAGUGUGAUCUUAUGGAGCUUUUAAUUACUUUAAAUCUUUUAAUUACUUUCUUGAUAAUUUAUUAAUGAUUUCAAUUCUGUUUUUUAUGUAGGGUCGGCACCAAUGUCAUUAUGGUUUAACCGCCGUGUUUUGGUUUAGCCGAAAAAGAUUUUACUAAUGUUUUACAUAGAUUUUUCACACUCCAGCUGCAGUUUUGACUUCAAACCACCAUAUCAAUAUGAUGAGCAAUGAGUAUUGAUUUUAUCUAAAAGUUGGACAAUCGACACGCCUUUUUAAUGAGGUCCAAUUAUAAUCUAUAAUUAUAUAAUUAAACCCCCAUUAUAAACUAAAUAAUUACUUCCAAUUAAAAGUUCAUGUCACUUGUCAAAAUGCUAAGCUGCUUAGAGGCGAUAUGGAGAAUUUUCAUUGCAUCUGAUAGGCCACUUCCCAAUCGUUCAAUCGUAGUUCGUACACAAACAAAAAUUCCUAAUUACGUUGCUAAUUACACUACUAAUUACACUACAGUGCAACUAUCGUAUUUAUAGAGAGUUAUGUCGGGACAUUGCUUUUAAUCUCAUUACUCGGACAGAAGCAGUGAGUAUAACCCACCCUGCUUUUUGAGAAGUUGUGUGUCAGAUUUACUGUGAUAACAGAGUUGUGGUUGCUGUGGUAACAGAGUUGUGGUUGCUGUGGUAACAGAGUUGUGGUUGCUGUGGUAACAGAGUUGUGGUUGCUGUGGUAACAGAGUUGUGGUUGCUGUGGUAACAGAGUUGUGGUUGCUGUGGUUACAGAAACUGUUCAUACUAGAGAUGUCGGUAGUAGCCUGCGUCCUACUAUUUGUUUCGUGGUUAGGUUUGUCAAAAGAACAAGACAGUUAUCUGAGAUAUUAUCCUCCUUUUAUCAGACCAGACUACUCACACUACGGUACAGAGGUGGAAUGCUACUUGGGUAAAGGUGAGACGUACGCUGGGAAUCAGAACUACACUAACUCUGGUAAACCUUGUGUAGACUGGAAACAGACUAAAUUCCGUAAUGAUGCGUCUUGUGUUUACUGUAGGAACCCUAACUCGGACUCUAAUGGACCUUGGUGUUACACUGACGGUCUAGGGGAGAAAGAGAGCUGCCAUACUCAGAUACCUAAAUGUGGUCUAGUUUAUAGUUUCGGAAAUGGAUCAUCAGUGAGGAUAUCCCAUAACUGGAGCAAAAGACACGAUAGUAAAAUGAUGAUCAGUUUCAAACCUUACAUCCCUGAAAACCAAACAGAUACCUUACGAUACUCUCUGCUCUCUAUUCCCGGAUACCUGAAUACUGGAGUGUAUCUGGUCUACAGCUGGCAUCCAAGUGAAGGGGGAUAUAUUCAACUUAAGUGGCUAUACCAUGAGGACCUGACCCCAGUAGUCAUAAUAUCUAAGAAGACAAAACACCGUUUUUAUAACGUCAAAGUAUCAAGGAAGUACGAGAACCUUUCCAUGACAGUUAACAAUAAAGUGUACAAAUCUCUUGGACAGUUAGAACCACUUGAGUUUGAAGAUACAGGUAAUAUAGAAGUCGGGUACAGUGAGAAGAGUCCUGCGACAGAGUUCUCUGGGUGUAUGUCUAACGUGGAGUAUAAUGGUCUCAGCAUACUCAGACACUUUGACAGAGCCGAUCCGAACAAACCACUAAAAGCCUCUGCCAGAAUCACGGGUAAUGUGACAAGAACAGAAUCCUGUAUGUACGUGGCUCCACCUACUUUUACCAGACCGCCCUACUCCUCGUCACAGAGACAAGGUGUUUCUAUUUUAACUCUGGUGGUUGUGUUAUUGAGAGCUUUCUAUUGUUAUAGACUGGAUAUCUUGUAGAUUUGUUGAUCUUUGUUUUUGUAUAAAACAUGUAUCAUGAUUCUUAUAACUGUUACUCCUCCUCUUAUGCCGUAAAAAGCUCGUAACCUUUCGGCUUUCUAUAGUAAAAUUUAGCAUUACAUUUGGACUGAGUAAGUACAUGAGUCAGACACAAACUUAGAACAUUAUGAACAAAAACAGUGUGUUGCUAGUUUAGUUGUGUGUGAUAGUCAAAGCAGCUAUUGAUUACACAUUUUUCUUAGUUUGUUACUUGUGUUUUGAUUGCAUAGGGUUCAAACUUCAGAUUUUUUGCGAGAUUUUUAG